AGAAGAUAUAAAUGUACUUUAUGUAUUAAACGAUUUACUCGUCCAAGUUCUUUGGCUACACAUAUGCACAGUCAUACAGGAGAGAAACCUUAUAAAUGCCUAGUUGAAGGCUGUGGAAGACGAUUCUCUGUAGUCAGUAACUUGCGUCGUCACGCUAAAAUU